GGCUAUUGGCAAUUCACCAUGGACAGUGUCAGUAUUGCUGGUGCCCUGAGUGGACAGUAUUGUUCGGGGGGCUGUCAGGCCAUCGCAGACACCGGCACUUCGAUGAUUGUGGGACCGACCGACGCGAUUGCGGCCAUAAACCAAGCGAUCGGUGCCUUUAGCGUAGGGGAGGGUUAUUAUGGGGUCGACUGCCGUAAAGUGCGGUCAAUGCCGACAGUCAUGCUUACUAUCGGCGGUCACGCCUUCCCGUUAACGGCCGCACAGUAUGUGUUGCAACAGUCGAGCGGACCCUUCGGUGAGUCCCAGUGUUUGUCUGGCUUUUCGGCCGGAGGUUCGGACCCCUUAUGGACUUUAGGCGAUGUGUUUAUUGGCACAUAUUAUACUGAAUUUGAUUUCGGUUGGGAUUCGCACCAACCAAAUAUAUACAGCUCCGCCUUGACCAGGGUAAAUGUGUCCAAACACAAAUCCAUCAGGCACCAUCUACGUGAGCAUGGCAUCAUGGUCAAUCACACUUCCACCUGCGCUAAUACACCUCAGACCAGAGCCAAUGGACAGGCAGUCAUACCAAUACAGCUCACAAACUAUAUGGACGCCGAGUACUUCGGGGACAUAACUCUUGGCACUCCACCCCAAUCGUUUAACAUACUGUUCGAUACGGGCAGCUCUAACCUAUGGGUGCCGUCCAGCGGGUGCCGAUCCACAGCCUGUCAAACCCAUCACAGGUACUACUCGUCCCGAUCUUCCACUUACAGACCGAACGGACGAUCAUUUUCCAUACAAUACGGCACCGGCAGUACCACUGGCUUUCUCAGCACCGAUACCCUGGGCAUUGGUAGCUCACAAAUACGUGGCCAGACGUUUGCCGAGACAACAAACGAGCCUGGUACAACAUUUGUUUACGCCGAGUUUGACGGCAUACUAGGCAUGGGUUACCCGCAGAUAUCGGUAGACAGAGUGACCCCAGUGUUCAACAAUAUGAUAGCACAGGGA